AUGUCGCGUACUGUCAAGUCGAAAUCCUUCUACGGGUCAAAGUACUGCCAAGUCGUGGAAGAACUUCAGAGAUUGUUAAGCACGGUUCCAGCAACACUAGCCAAUUCUUCAGCAGUGGGCAAAUGGGGUUGCGAAUUAGGUUGUGCAGUGAAACUGGACCAACUGAAUUUUGUGAUCGGAGCCGAUUCAACAAGAAACCGGAGGGCUGUAGACUCAUUGGGGUUUGGGGAUGAAGAUUGGCGUGGACAUGGAGUGGAGUUGGGGGACCUUGAUGCCAUAAAGAAUGGAGGUAGCGAACUUCUUAUAUUAGUCUCUACUAAUCGUAACGAUUUAUUGGAAAACGUGACAUUCUUGAACUAUUUGAGCAAAAGAGUUUCGUCUGAUACUGUAAAAAUGUCGGAGAAUCGUCGAAAACUGAAGAAAUCCGGAAGGCUGAAGGAAGAUUUAAUAGAUUCUGGUGUUGGAUGGGUUUUUCCAACUCCUGCUGAAUCGUCUCCGGUCACUGAAUUUGGCUGGCCCAGUUUCACUCCACAACCAAGUUUGCAACCCCAUUUGCCCACUACUGAAGAAUUGGCUUGUGUUGCUGGGUACCGGGCUCAGCAACAGGGGUUGAAAGCGAUGUAUGAGGAUGAUGAUGAUAUGGAAGUGGAAAAGGGGGAGAAAAAUUUGAACUUUUUCGCCAAGUUGUUUGAGGAGGAUGGUGGGUUGAGAGAGUAUUAUGAGAAGAACAAUGAGAAUGGUGGGGAAUUUAUUUGUCUUGUGUGUAGUGGGGUUGGUAAGAAAGGGUGGAGCAAGAGGUUUAAGGAUUGUGUGGGUCUUGUUCAGUAUUCGAUUACUAUAUCGAACAUGAGGCAGACACAUAGGGCUUAUGGUCAGUUCAUUUGUCGAAUUCUUGGAUGGGAUAUUAAUAGGCUUCCAUCCAUUGUUUUGUCUGCAGGUGGUAAGCCUAGUGAAUCUUCUGAUAAACCGGUGGAGGAUCAGGUAUUAGGCUUCGAACUUCAGACUUCAAGUUUGGCCAAUUCGAAUGACGGAUCCAAUAAAACAUUGCAGGGGAAUGAGGAUGCUGGUGGUAAAGAUUGUUUGAGUGGUCUAAGCAAUACAACAGAUGCUGUAAAUGUUGGCACUGAUGAAUUAUCUCAGCAAAAACAGUCUUUUAGUAAUGAAAACCAACAAGAAAAUAGUGGUGGCUCCACAGCAUUAGAGCACAACUCCCUAAUUGAAGCCAAUGUCAGCAAUGAGAUUCCUGAAACAGCAAAAGAGAACACAGAGGGUGCAUCCAAUUGUCCGGGGAAUGAGUGUGAUGGUGGUAAGUUCAGCUUGAGUGAUAUAAGCAAUACCAAAGAUACUGUAAAUAUUGGCAGCAGUGAGUUAUCUCAGCAAAACAGGUCUUCCAGUAACGAAAACCAGCCAGAAAAUGGCGGUUUCUCCACAACGUUAGAGCACAAGUCCACAAGUGAAGCCAAUGCAAAUGAAGAUGUUAGCAAUGAUAUACCUGAAACAGCAAAAGAGAACGCAGAGGGUGCAUCCAAUUGUCUGGAACCAUUGCCAGAUGAUAUGAUUGUUGCAAAUGAAGAAAACAAUGAUGUUUCAAGUGAGGAGAGUUGA